AUGUCACCGGCAACAAACCAUACCCUCCCACACACUCUCCCCCUCACGCUCAUCGUCGCAACAACCCCAAUUCGCAUCGCAUCUACCCUCACCCCACAAGACCGGAAUGAGCCAACCCGCCUGGGCAUCGGGCUCAAGGGCAAUCUCCCCUGGCCGCGCAUCAAAGCCGACAUGAACUUCUUCGCGCGCGUAACAUCGCGGCCCCCGGUCCCAGGAACCACGAAUGCAAUCAUCAUGGGGCGCAAGACAUAUGACUCAGUGCCGAGCCAUCUACGACCCCUCGGGAAACGAAUCAGUGUCGUGGUUACGCGUGAUCAGACGGGAUCAGUCAAGAAGAGCGUGAUGAAGGAGCUUGAGGCGAGGAAGGAGAAGUUGGCUGCUGCUGCAAAGGCUAAAGCGGAGAAAGAGGCCGAGACGCAGACAGAUGUGGCCAAGGGGGUUGUUCCGGAGCCGAUUACGGAUGUGAUUGUGACGCCGAGUUUGGAUGCGGCAAUCUCAGAGCUGGACUCUGAGUAUGGGGCGAAGGGUCAAUUGGGCAAGAUUUGGAUUAUUGGGGGUGCGGAGAUUUACGGGGCUGCGUUGCGGAUGAAGCUUGAGGGGAAGCGGCCUGUAAGGAUUGUUGUGACAAAUGUAGUGAGGAAGGGAGCUGGUAAUGAGUCUUCAUUCGAGUGUGAUACUUUCUUCCCGUUGGAUGGAAUGACGGAGAAGGAUGGGUGGAGACGGGCUAGUUCUGAGGAGGUUUCGGAGUGGGUGGGGGAGGAGGUUGAGGAGGAGUGGAAGGAAGAGGGGGAUGUCGAAAUACAGAUGGUUGGAUAUGAGCGUUUACAUUGA